AAACAAAAAUCUACUGGUUUUUUGUGUGGUUUACGUGAUUUGUAUAUCUUAUAUUUGUACUAUUGACGACCCAUCCCAAAUGAAGAAAACGGAGAAGAUUGGAAAUAAGAAGAGGAUGAAGGUCAUGAAGCCGAAGCAGGAGAAAAAUGUGGGUUCGUCCAACACGACGCAGGAUGAGGAAACGGACAAGGAUCUGAAGAAAAAUGUGGCUUCGCUUCCGGAUGAGAACAUGGAGAAGCUUGUGAAGGAAGAAUCUGCGACUCCGGAUGAAGAAUCAGAGAAGGAUGUGAAGGAAGCAGCUUGAUGAUGAGAUGCAGAUGAGAGAAACCGAGGAAAGGUAAAAGUUGAAGAAUGGGUUUUUUGUUUUGUCGUCGUUUUUGUAAAAUCUAUCUGGAUUGGUGUUUGUGUUUAAUAAAUGGUUGAUCUUUAA